CCUGGAGUCUGCCCCAGUACAGCCAAGGGACAGGAUCUCACAAGUUCCUCUCUGAGCAGCAGCAACACAACACAUCCAAUCUUCUUAUUCUUCUUUAUUUUUUCCACCACAUUUCCUACUGGUUUUGCUGAAGGGUUAAUGCAUUUUACAACUACAGUUCCAGUAGGAUUUUCCUGAUCCAGUGAAGUUUCACUGUUCCAGAUUGAGCUGGCUGCUUAAUUGAACAUGAUGGCUAAAGCAUUUUGUGGCUUUGGCCUGUUCCCACUGAUUGUCUACCAAUGGCUUGGGAUGGCGGCAUCUCUGAAUCUAGAGGACCCAAAUGUGUGCAGUCACUGGGAAAGCUAUUCUGUCACAGUACAGGAAUCCUAUGCACACCCGUUUGACCAGAUCUACUACACCAGCUGCACAGAUAUAUUGAAUUGGUUUAAAUGCACCAGACACAGAAUCAGUUAUCGUACAGCAUACAGACGUGGAGAAAAAACUAUGUAUCGGCGAAAGUCUCAGUGUUGUCCUGGGUUUUAUGAAAGCAGAGAGAUGUGUGUUCCUCACUGUGCUGAAAAAUGUGUCCACGGCCGUUGCAUUGCUCCAAACACCUGUCAGUGUGAGCCAGGAUGGGGAGGACCCAACUGCUCCAGUGCUUGUGAUAUUUAUCACUGGGGACCUCACUGCAGUAGCCGCUGUCAGUGCAAAAAUGGAGCCUUGUGCAAUCCCAUUACUGGCGCCUGUCACUGCGCUGCAGGAUUCAAGGGAUGGCGCUGCGAGGAACGCUGUGACCAGUGGACUUAUGGGAACGAUUGCCAGCAAAAAUGCCAGUGUCAGAAUGGAGCAACAUGUGAUCACGUGACUGGAGAAUGCAAAUGUCCUCCUGGUUACACCGGUGCUUUCUGUGAAGACCUCUGCCCCCCUGGAAAACAUGGUUCCCAGUGUGAAGAAAGGUGUCCAUGCCAGAAUGGGGGCGUUUGUCACCAUGUCACUGGAGAAUGUUCCUGCCCUGCUGGGUGGAUGGGCACAGUCUGUGGCCAGCCAUGCCCCGAGGGUCGCUACGGGAGAAAUUGUACUCAAGAAUGCCAAUGUCACAACGGUGGGACUUGUGACUCUGCCACAGGACAAUGCCAUUGCAGCCCAGGAUAUAAUGGAGAACGGUGUCAAGAUGAGUGUCCUGUUGGCUCAUAUGGAAUAAACUGCGCACAGACCUGCCAGUGUGUUAAUGGUGGGAAAUGUUACCAUAUUAACGGGGCAUGUCUCUGUGAACCUGGGUAUACGGGACAAUAUUGUGAAACAAGACUGUGUCCGGAAGGGCUCUAUGGGAUGAAAUGUGAUAAAAGGUGCCCAUGUCAUAUCAAGAACACACAGAGCUGUCAUCCUAUGUCUGGAGAAUGUUCUUGUAAGCCUGGCUGGUCUGGUCUAUACUGCAACGAGACCUGCUCUCCAGGCGUCUACGGAGAAUCUUGUCAGCAGGUCUGCAGCUGCCAAAAUGGGGCAGACUGUGAUAGCGUGACUGGGAAAUGCAUCUGUGCCCCGGGUUUUACGGGUGUGGAUUGCGCCAAACCUUGCCCACUAGGGACAUAUGGCAGUAACUGUUCGUCUGUGUGCGUGUGUAAGAACAAUGCAGUUUGCUCUGCGGUGGAUGGUUCUUGCACCUGUAAAGCAGGAUGGCAUGGCGUAGAUUGCUCCAUUAACUGCCCCAGAGGUUACUGGGGUCUGGGCUGUAAUCUGACGUGUCAGUGCCUUAACGGAGGAGCCUGUAAUGCACUGGAUGGGACAUGUACCUGCUCCCCUGGCUGGAGGGGGGUCAAAUGUGAACUUCCUUGCCAGGAUGGUACCUAUGGAAUGAAUUGCAUUGAACGCUGCGACUGCAGUCAUGCCGACGGUUGUCACCCUGCUACUGGUUACUGCCGAUGCCUGGCAGGCUGGGCCGGUAUGCAUUGUGACAGUGUGUGUCCCGGAGGACACUGGGGACCAAACUGCUCACUAUCCUGUAACUGUAAAAAUGGAGCAUCCUGCUCCCCAGAUGAUGGCGUCUGUGAAUGUGCUCCUGGCUACCGAGGGACUACGUGCCAAAGAUUGUGUUCCCAAGGGUUCUAUGGUCAUCGAUGCAGCCAAGCUUGCCCUCAAUGUGUCCACAGCAAUGGCCCAUGCCAUCAUGUCACUGGCCAGUGUGACUGUCUGCCAGGCUUUAUGGGGUCACUUUGCAAUGAAGUUUGUCCCAGUGGACGCUUUGGGAAAAACUGCGCUGGAACUUGCACUUGCACCAAUAAUGGGACCUGCAACCCAAUAGAUGGCUCCUGUCAGUGUUACCCUGGUUGGAUUGGCAGCGAUUGCUCACAGCCGUGCCCUCCUGGCCAUUGGGGGCCGAACUGCAUUCACACCUGUAACUGCCAUAAUGGAGCCCACUGCAGCGCAUAUGAUGGAGAGUGCAAAUGUUCUCCUGGCUGGACAGGACUCUACUGUACUCAACGGUGUCCUUUAGGUUACUUUGGAAAAGAAUGUGCCCGAAUAUGUCAGUGCCAGAAUGGUGCUGACUGCGAUCAUAUUAGUGGCCAGUGUACCUGCCGCACAGGAUUCAUGGGGAAGCACUGUGAAAUGAAAUGUACCCCAGGAACUUAUGGAUAUGGCUGUCGGCAAGUGUGUGAUUGUCUUAACAAUUCCAUAUGUGACCACAUCACAGGGACCUGCUACUGUAACCCCGGUUGGAAAGGUGCAAGAUGUGAUCAAGCCGUAACAAUUGUGGUAGGAAACUUAAACAGCCUUAGCCGGACUAGCACUGCCAUUCCUGCCGAUUCUUACCAGAUUGGUGCAAUUGCUGGGAUCAUUAUCUUGGUCCUGCUUGUCCUAUUCCUGCUUGCACUCUUCAUCAUCUAUAGACACAAGCAAAAAGGCAAAGAGACAGCGAUGCCUGUGGUAUCUUAUGCUCCUGCGGUGCGAGUCCUGAGUACAGACUAUACAAUUGCUGAUACCCUUCCGCACAGCAAUGGCGGAAACCCAAACAGUCAGUACUUUUCUAACCCAAGCUAUCACACAUUGACCCAAUGUACAACAGGGCCUCACGUCAACAGCAUGGAUCGAAUGAUUGUUUCAAAGUCAAAAAGCAGCCAGCUCUUUGUGAAUCUUAAAAACAUAGAUCCGGGAAAGAGAUCCCACACUAUUGAUUAUACCGGUACCCUACCAGCAGGCUGGAAGCAAGGGGGAUAUCCCCACGAGCAUGGGUUACUAAAAAACUCAUCAUACAGCGUUAGUACUUGCUCAUUAAGUAGUUCUGAAAAUCCAUACGCUACCAUCAAGGACCCCCCAGUACUUCUCCCAAAAAACACGGAGUGCGGAUAUGUGGAAAUGAAGUCUCCGGCUCGCAGAGAUUCUGCCUAUGCAGAGAUCAGUAAUACGAGUUUGGCCAACAAGAAUGUUUAUGAAGUUGAACCCACUGUGAGUGUCGUUCAAGGAGCUUUCGGUAACAACGGUAAAAUCAGCCAGGAUCUCUAUGACCUUCCAAAGAACAGUCACAUUCCAUGUCACUAUGACUUGCUACCUGUCCGAGACAGCUCCUCCACGGAUAAAGAUUCCACUGCCGAAUGACAUGAGCAAUCCAAAAAAAGUGAACAGCAUAUAUUCAGCUGAUUCCUACGGAAUGAUAUGCUGGAAUUCACUCAAUGGAUGAUCGAGGUGACUACUGGUUUCUAUACUGACUAUACCAGAGUGUUUGGAGAGAGGUUCUUUGCCCAAUGACAGAGGGCAAAAGUGGACUUUUUUCAAGAAGACAAUCUCCAAACCCAUUGAGACCCUUGAAUAUGUAGUAUAUACAUACUCCUUUUUAUGCUUUAUUUUUUAGUGGCCAUAAUCUCAGUCACUGAAAUGUUUAACACAAUAACACUUACCUUGAAGUGUGAGAUAUCCGUUUUCCCAUUAAUUUUCUUGAUGAUAAACCCAAA